AUGCUCACCCCUCCCGACCUUGGACUGCUUCCUCAGGCUUACUCGAUGCUCGUGCUGCUCUCGCCACGUGAUCCGCUGCCGCAUGCAUCAGAGUCGACUUGUCGCACGAUCGACUCGGACACCCCGGUGCAACUGCCGUCCUUGCUCGACUCGCCCGCCACCGUACAGCUCUCGGUUGUCGUACCCGCGUACAACGAGGCAGACAGGCUCGAGGCCAUGUUGGCCGAGUGCAUCCACUACCUCGAGACACGGCCACUCGCGAUCGACCAACCGCGCAUCACCGCGAGCGACAUCGACCUCGGCUCGUAUGAGGUGCUUAUCGUCGACGAUGGCAGCAAGGACGACACCGCCAAGGUCGCUCUCCAACUCUCCCGAAAGCUCCAUGCGCAGUUUGGAGGCAAGCGAGGGCAGGUCAAGGUCGCAUCACUGAGAAGGAACAGGGGCAAGGGCGGCGCGACUAAACACGUCAGUGGCUGGCAUAUCUUCCAUCGAGUUCUUUGCGCAGCUUGAGGUGUGUGCUCAUAAUCGAAAACUACACCACACCACACAGGGUGUCAUGCACGCAGCGGGCCAUCGCAUCUUGUUCGUCGAUGCCGACGGCGCCUCGCAUUUUCCAGAUCUGGCUCUCCUAGAGGCCGCGCUCGAUCGAUUGGAGACGCAGCAGCGUCGGACUAGUGCCAAACUACCACCCCACGGUGUCAUCGUCGGCUCUCGCGCCCAUCUUGUCCGAACAGAAGCCGUGGUCAAGGUUCGUGAUCGCGAACCAAACUCCAGAAUCAGAUUUUCAAAGAUUGCUAACGUCAGGCUGCGGCCGAUCCUCUCCCUCGCAGCGGUCAUUUUUGCGCAAUUUUCUCAUGCGUUGCUUCCAUGCCUAUCUUCACCUGCUCGGGAUCCGGGCGAUCCGUGAUACCCAAUGCGGCUUCAAGCUGUCGACCCGCGCCUCGGCUGCGCACCUCUACCCCUCGCUCCAUUCCCCGUCUUGGAUCUUUGACUGCGAACUAUUGCUGCUCGCUUCCCUCGCCGGUGUACCCCUGCGCGAGGUCGGGAUCCGGUGGCACGAAGUCGACGGGAGCAAGGUCGACCUCAUCAAGGAUUCGAUCAAGAUGGCCGUCGAUCUACUCGUCAUUCGGGGCAAUUACCUCUUUGGGCGGUGGAAGAGGCCAGCCCACGUCGACGUCGUUGACGGAGGCGAGGAUGAGAGCGCCGAAGAGGAGAGGAAGAAGCGGUAG